AACGAAACAAUUAGGAAGCAAAUCUACAUAUCGCUCUAUCAAAUCAAAAUUGAGAGAAGAAAACCCUUCAGGCGCGUUAAGAAAAUUUUACAGAACACGAUAAAUAGCUGAAAAUCUUAUACGAAAGGGAAGGAGCGAUGGAAUUUGAUAACUCUCCCCCGUCUGACAUUAUGUGCCAAUCAGAUUCGUCCGCCAAUUUUGAUGAUUUGAAUGGCCUGCAUUCAGAUACAUCGGUAAAUUCAACUUGUAACUCGCAACCAAAUGAACGCAACGCUAUUGCUGACGGAAUAACUAAUCGCCAAAUCGGCAAUAGUAAAGCUGUCCACAAAAAUUGCGAUUUGAGUGCACAUGAAUUGGGUUUAAACGGAAGAUUUGUUACGGUCUUAGAUCAGUUGGACGCUCGAGUUGAGAUAUUACGUAAGGAUGCAUUGAAAUUGCAAGAGAAACGUGAUUUCUUACAUAUGUCCAUUGAUUUAAUAAAAAGCAAUGAUUUAAUGCAAGACUUAGCCGAUUCGGAACGCGAAGAUAUCGAUUGCUAUUUACAACGAGUUACCGCUCGCUUAUCAACCGUUGAACUCAAUGUACGCACUAUACGUGAUUAUUCGCAAGAGGAUUCCCUUAACAAAAUCAAUACUUUGAUUGAUUUGAUGAUUACUAUGGGUGAUCCGGUUUUAUCGCGGCAACGCUGUCAACUAUACUUGAAUGCCUGUUGCAGUGUCGACGAAUAUGUUAACUUUACUGACAUAGAUGCCGAUAUAGAUGAGUGUAAAAUGAACGUUGACGUAGCUGCUGGUCACAUAGAUAAGAAAUUCGAAAGUGUUUUGCUGGGCUGCACUUUGGACGAUCAGAAGAAUAUAAAGAAACGUUUGCAUGCGCUAAUGGGUUAUCUUAAUCAACAAAUCAUCAAUCAAUAA